GAUUGCACGUAAUGGUAUUUAAGAUGAUAAAUGAAGUUGUGUCAUGGAUUGAUGCGAUACUCUGCCUUCAUUCCUCACUCAGACCUGAAAAAUCCCACUCCACCCCAAGGGAACAAAAUUAAAAGUACACAUUUUCAAAUGAUCUGGCUGUAUUUUCUGUGUUGUCUUUUCAUCUCAUUUGUGUUUGUGCCUUAGCCUGGUGAACUUUCUGAUGGAUGUGGAGCAGAGCAGCAGCCAUCUGGAUACAGUCAAAUAAAACUGUUAUCUUGUGGUUACAGUCAUCCGCAGGCAUUUAAGAAGUAUUCUCGAUCAACCUCGUUUAUCAGACGUCAACCACUGAGUUCAGUUUGGAUUAUUGCGACAUCUGGAUCCCCUCCUCCUGCCCUGUCUUCUGACACCACAAAGGACAGCACUUCAAAUGUUUUCACACACAAGGCGUUCCCAUACCGGUAAAACUGACUUGAAUGUGAUUGGUGGAGGCGCGCCCUGCACCUGUGACCGCAGUUAGUGAGAGACUGACCGUAGCAGUCUGCAGAAGCACGAGGCGAAAUCCGGCAGAGGAUUUAUUUGACAGCUCCAUUUUAAAAGCACGAUCUGACUGGCCAGCAGUGAGAUACUUCCAUCUAUCAUCUUUGGACUUUGAGAGAUACAGAUGGAGGGAGUGCUGAUUUUAAAAUCUGCAUCUUCUCUCAACUGUUCCUCUCAAGACUUGUCUCCUCCUUUGCCACCAGAUGCUCAGGAAGAUAAAGAUCUCCAAGCAUCUUCUGCUGUGCCUCGCCCCAUGUGUGUUAACGCUGCACCACCACCACUACCACCACCACCUCCUCCUCCUCCUCCUCCCCUUCCACCUCCCCCUCCUCCUCUUCUUACUGCCUCUCCUUUUGGCUCUCGUAAUGUCCAGAGAAAAUCCAUGAAAAAGCUGAACUGGGACACCAUCCCCAGCCAGCGUGUCCUGGGCAAAUUGAAUGUUUGGACAUCUAAGCGGCCUCAGCGGGACCUAGUGCUGGACAUUCGGAGCAUGGAGGAGCUGUUCAGUCAUGUCGACAAACGGGCAUCGCUACACAGACCAAAGGCCAUGGGUCUGAUGAAGUGUGAUGACCUCUUUCCACAGGAUCCUCAGGUCACAAUCCUUGACUCAAAAAAGAGUAUGAACAUUGGGAUCUUCCUUAGACAAUUCAAGAGGCCAGUGACAGAAAUGGUAGAGGACAUUCGUCAUGGGAACUGGCUCAGAUUUGGAACAGGCAAACUGAAAGAGUUUUGCAAGCUGCUGCCAGAAGAAAGUGAGGUGAAGCAGCUGCUGUCAUUCAGGGGGAACCUGUCUGUGUUACCUGAGGCUGACCAGUUCAUGGUGCAGCUGGUCAAAGUGCCAGGCUACGAAGAACGCCUGAAAAUGAUGGUGCUGAGGGACGAAUUCUUUCCUCUUAUGGAGGAGGUGAAGAACUCUGUUGCUGUCAUGACCAAAGCAGCUAAUGAGCUGUUGGACUGUGAUGACCUCCAUUCAGUCAUUCGACUGGUAUUAAAAGCCGGGAAUUACAUGAACGCUGGUGGUUACAGUGCCAAUGUCAUCGGCUUCAGGAUGACCUCUCUGCUCAAGUUAGCAGACACCAAGGCCAACAAGCCUGGCAUGAACCUUAUGCAUUACGUCGCCAAGCAAGUGGAGGACAUUGAUGCCGAGUUGCUGACUUUUCCCAGCCAGCUUGAACACAUCGGGAUGGCUUCAAGAAUUUGUAAAGAGGAUGUAAUCGCAGACUUUGAGAGAGAGGUGAAGAAGAUCAACGAAGUGAAACUGUACAGCAGCAGACAGCCUGACCUCUUACAACAGAUGGAAACAUUUCUCAUGAGGGCUGAGGCCAAGCUGGCAGACGUGGAAUCCUAUCUCCAGGGGCUAAAUUCUCUGAGCAAUGCCGUUGCUGAGUACUUCUGUGAAGACCCAGCUACCUUCAAACUGGAGGAGUGCUGCUCCAUCUUUCAUUCCUUUUGCAAGCGGUUUGAUACAGCUGUACAGGAGAACCGAGGGCGAGAGGAGGCAGAGCAGAGGCGCAAGCGGAAGGAGAGCAUGCGCAUUGCAGCCAAACGACGCUCCACGGUGUCCGGCCCAGGACCUGAGCCCGAUCGGGACUCGUCCAGCUUGGAGGUGGCCUUACACAGCUUUCUGUCCACCGUCCCAGAGGGAUUAGCCAGAUGUAGGAGGCACAUGCUGCCCCCGGUUGAAGGAUCCCCCGCUGACCGCAGUCCUCAGACUGUUUCAUCAGCAGAAAAGGCUUCACCCUGUACUGGACAAGAGAGGCCAGAGAAGAAGCAACCCAAACUGCAGAAACAGGAUGAUCAAGUAGCGGCUCUCGAAAACAGAGAAGAAGCUGAGAAGAUGCGUGAGAUAACUCGGAAGGUGCUUCGUUACCAAAACAGCAGAAGUAGCCUUGAUGGGGACAGAGUUUCAGGCACUCCUCGUCGCUCAAAGAGAGCACAAGAAACUCCAGCUACUCCUAGUACUCCUCAGCCAAGAACCAGAGACUUCUUCUUUGCCAACAAUGGGGACAUGGGAUCCCCGUGGACCAUCCUGAGCCCUUUUACGUGUUCCAAAAGAAACCUGCUACAGCGAAACAGACAAGCACGCAAGGAAAGACUGUCCUCGACAUCCGGUGGAGAUGACCUUGAUGAUGGAGUCUGGGACAGUGAUGAAGGCAGUUGUCUGCCCAAUUUUGCCAAUUGCGACAGUCUAAAAUCUCCGUCUGGGGGUUCUGCGUCUCUUCCCGAGUGCCCCCAUCAGAAAGCUGAGAGAGUGUCGCAGGGUCCAAUCCUCAGGUCUGUUUCCAUGGAUGAAACUAGGCAAUCUCCAGUAUCUGGCUUCCGGCUUGGGGACUUGUUCCAAAGGUCAUACUCCUCCGGCUCAAGGACAGAAAAUAUGGGAGAGGAAGUUACAGGAGGCUUUCCAUUGCAUCACAGUAAGGCAAGGAAUCAUGUAGAUGGGCAAGUGAGGAGCUCUGGGUUUAUAUCCUUCUUCAGACGCAUCCGAGGCAGAAGUAAGCCUGGAGAUGUGGAAGAACAAAACUUCAAAGGAUCAAAUACUUGAUUAAAAUUUUUAUUUAGGGACAGAAACCAAUCUUUGUCAUUUUUUUGUGUUUUAGAUUGUUCAGAUUGUAAUGUUUGUGUGUGUGUGUUUUUUUUUUUUUUUUUUUUUUUUGGAGGGGGGGUUGUUUUUUUGUUUUUUCACUGUCAUGGUUUUACCCUACAGUGGAACCAAGGCAACUGAGGACUUGCUUUGAACUGUGAAGGCUUUGAUUUUUGGAAGUCAAACUACGUUCAAAAAUUGUAACCUAUUUCUUUCUUUCUUUUUUUCUUG